CUCAAUCCUUAAAUCCUAUCCAUAGCCCCCUCUCUCUCUCUCUCUAAACCCGUUUUAUAUAGAGUUUACCUGUACUGUUAGCAGCUGUCUGCCUUAAUGACUGAGUUCACAUCAGACAUGGAGCUUGGCCUGAGCUUAGGCUUGGGCAUCACCGCCAAUAAAGACUCCCAAAACGACUCCGCCGGCGCCGACGGAGAUUACGAUGACGACGCCGAGGAUUACGAAUUCGUUUCGGCGUCGUCUGAAGAACCUCAUGGGAGCAUAGAUCAGCGCCUCGUCGCUUUCCCAUCCCCCAUUCCGCUCGACUUCCUACCUCCCGCCCCUGCCCAGUACAUGAGCGUCGGGUUUCAGGCAGCGAUGCCGGCGAUGGUGACGUCGGCGGAGGAUCCCCCGUCUCCGAACUGCGCCGCGUCGUCGUUCAGGGCGCUCGACUUCAGCAUUUUCAAGAGGAAACGGAACGGCUCCGUGCCCGAAGUGGGCGGGGGUGGAAAUCAGAGAAAUGGGCCCGACGCCGCCGUGUACGGCGGAGCGGCGGAGGCGGACAGGGUGAGUUCGAGGGCGAGCGACGAUGAAGAGAACUGCGGGAAUGCCCGGAAAAAACUCCGGCUUUCCAAAGAACAGUCCGCUUUUCUCGAAGAAAGCUUCAAAGAACACAACACUCUCAAUCCUAAGCAAAAGCAUGUGCUUGCAAAGCAGCUGAAUCUCCGGCCAAGGCAAGUCGAGGUGUGGUUUCAGAACCGGAGGGCCAGGACGAAGCUGAAACAGACGGAAGUGGACUGCGAAAACUGGAAGAAAUGCUUCGAGACGGUGAAAGUGGAGAACACAAAACUGCACAAAGAAGUUCAGGAACUCAGAGCUUUGAAGACGCCGAACCCCUUCCAGAUGCAAUUCCCGGCGACCACCCUGACCAUGUGCCCCUCCUGCAAAAGGGUCGCCUCCGGAUCCACCGCGCCGCCGCUCGCCGCCGGGUCUCUGCCCCGGCCCAUUGCAUCUCCGUGUCUGUCGUCUGAGCCCAGACUGUUCCCCUUCGCCGCCGCCGCCGUCGCAUAUAAUCCCGGCCACCGGUCUGCAACCUGAUGAUGUCUGAGAUGUAAGAUCCAGUGUAAACUAAACUGCUCUGCUGAUUCUGGGUUUGUUUUCAAAGAUUGAUAUCUGUGUUGGCAGGGGGCAACUUUUUAGCUCCAAACAAUAUUAUUAUUAUGAUUAUUAUUAUGAUCAGUUCAAUUUGUUUGUUUGUUUGUAAGUACUGUAAUGGGCAGCGCAUGCGUGGUAGAUAUUGGAUGGGUUUUCAAUUUGUUGAUAAUCAUUUGGUGGAACCAGGAAGUAAAGUAAACGGGGGGAAUAUACCUUUGUAGCCAUUUCAAAAUGAAGCAAUGAUUUUGUACCCACAGACAAUCAUUGUAUGUUCAACUGGCCGGGCAAUUGGUAAUAUGGCAAGUCAAAUUUGGUCAAAUGCAAAUUAUAUGUCUAAAGAAAAAGUCAAACAAAACUUGCCGGUCAGAGUUUUCCUACAAAAAAAAUAGAAGAAAAAAAAGUCUUUACUCAAGUAGGGUGGUAGUUCGGUUUGGGCAUUUACUCAAGUAACUUAUCGAACCCAGCUUUAAUGAGGUGUAGCUAGGAGAGUAAGGGUGAAAUUUGCCGGUGUGGUCUAGUCUAGUCUGUUUUAGUUUGAUCUUGUUUGAUUUGAAUGAGUCUGGUUUAGUUUAGUAAACAUCUAGUCUUUGAGUAUUUUAUAACUAUGAAAUUAAAGUCUGGUCUGUUCUGGUUUGUUUAACUUUAGAUUGGUAUGAUUAAGUCUGGUUUGGUUUGGGGACUGAAAACAAUCAAAGUAAAAAUAUCCUAUAUAGAGUUGAGCCGAGCCGCCACAAAAACUUCUUUAAAAUAAUACAAAUUUUAAUAUUCUUUAUCUGCACUAAAAAUAGUCUUUUCUUCAAAUGAAGUGCCCCCAAAAUAUGCCUAUGUGACACAAGGUUAUCAUGUACUACCUCGGUCCUCCUAAAUUUGGGACAAGAGAAGGUGGCACGGUUAUUAAUAAAAGUGAAUUUAUGUGGUUGAUAUUGAAUUGAUAAAGUAAGAAUAAAGUAAGAAUGAUUUAGAACCACACAAAUUUUACCUAAUAAGGUAUGAGAAAAUCUUAGUGGGACAGACCGAAAAGGUAAAAUGAGACAAUAAUAGCGGGACAGAUUAAGUACUUCAUGUGAGGGUUUUAAUCGAGCAUGUUCUCAUGAUAGGUGUCUUAGCUGCAUUGCUCCAAGAUAUUGUUUGGAGGUUCGUUUUGAGGGUUCUGCCACCUAAAGUUAACAAAAAAAAAUGUCUAUCACAUACAUUAAUUAUUUGUGCGUCCACAAACUAAACGCUAGUUGGAAGCGUAUACCAUACAGCCGG